UUUCAGACACCGCGCGGUAGUUUGGUGCGAGUUUUGGAUUAAUUUGAAUUGUAAUUUUGCUACGCGAGGUUUUCUGUGUAUCUUCACUGCCUUAUAGUCUACCGAACUCAUUUAUUCGUAGAUUGUGCGGAGGCUGAAGCCUCCGGCGCCGCUCCAGCCGCCGGCAAUGUGCGACUGUAGCCUGUACGUGACCUCGGUCACAAACGCCGGCACUCACAUCAGCUUCCACGCCCAGCCGAACCCGGAGCAGUUCGCGGUACUGGACCGCCUCAUCACACAGAACCAGGCCUUCUUUGAACAGGCGCGACUGCCGUCGCCGUAUCAGCUGCCGCCGGGACAGACGGUGCUGGUCAAGUCUACGUCGAGCGGUGCGGCCAAGUGGCACCGGGCGCGCGUGGUCGGUAUCCAGGGCCCCACUGUCAGUGUCGAGUACAUCGACUAUGGCACCAGCGAGCUGGCACACUACACCCAGAUCUGCGCUAGUCGCACCGCGCUGCCCGCGGCAGUCCUGACCCAGCCGCCACUGGCGGUACCCUGCGUGCUGGCCGAGGUGCUUCCUGCCACCGGCACCUGGACAGAGGCUGCCUUCAGUCAUGCGGAGUCGGCGCUGCGCUCGCGUCAGCCCGUUCAGGCUCAGGUGCUGCGUCAGGACACCGACGGGGUGUGGCACGUCCGUAUCUAUACCGGAGAUGGCCGGACCCUGGCCUCGCAGCUGGCGGCGCUCGGCAUGGGACGGCUGACCACGCCUUCUGGGCAGUACCCCGUGCAGGCCGCGUGCAGCCCGCUGGCGCCGGCGUCUCGCGGCCCGGAGCCGCCUCUGGCGUUCGCCACCCGCGUCAGUGAGCUGCUGUCGGUGCCGCCGCUGUCCGGCUCGGAGGCUCUGGUGACCAUCUGCCACUACAUCAACGGGCCGGCCAAGUUCGCCGUCCAGCUGUAUGAGCACCAGCCGGCGCUGCUGCAGCUCAUGACGGAAAUACAGUCGUACUGCCAGAGCAGCCCGCCCGUUCCGCUGUCUGCCGUCGAGUCGGGCGUCGUGUGUCUGGGCUCGUCAGCAUCACGAGAGGGACGCUAUCUGAGAGGAGUCAUCACCCAGGCCGACGGCAACGUGGUCAAGGUCUACUGGGCCGACUACGGAAACGAUGAGACCAAGGUAGUCUCCGAACUGCGCGCCAUGCCCCGCCAGUUCACCCAGCUGAGGAUCCAAGCGAGCCGGGUGACCCUUGCCGGCCUGUCUGCCCUCAAACCGGUGCCGGGCAGAGCUGAGACCAUAUUCCGACAGAAGACCGAGGGCAGUGUGCUGACUGGACGGUUUGACAAGCCGCGCGAUCAGCCGGCCGGCGCUGCCACAGGAUCGGCUGCUUGUCUGAACCAGGUGGAGCUGUUUGACGUGGGUGAGAGCGUGCUGGAGAUUCUGAUCCGCGAGGGCGCCUACGAGCGGCGCUCGGGCUCUGCCCCCGUCCCCCGUACUCCUCCGGCGGCGGUGGCGGCCCGCCGCUCGGCCAGCCCGCCGCCCGAGCCGCCGCCGCUCACCCCCGGAACUCACGCCGAGGUGCGCGUGGUGUCUGUCACCUCUGUCAGCAGCCUGCACGUGCGGCCCCUGGACACGGAGCCGGUACUGCUGCAGACGCUACAGAGACUGACGGAUGCGCUCAAUGUCAGCGCCUGCCCGCUGCCCAUGGUGCGGGCGUCCGAGGGUUCCCUCUGCGCCGUGUUCAAGGACGCCAGCUACCAGCGCGCCCGUGUGAUGAGCGUCGGCCGACGCGACAUGAAGGUGCUCUACAUCGACCUGGGCACCUCAGAGAUCAUCCCUGCCGGCGCCGCGUUCGCCCUCGAACAGGACGUCGCCAACUACCCGCCUCAGGCUGUCCACUGCUGCCUCUCCGGCCUGGAGAUGUCCCACGGCACGCCGGAGCUCGUGGAGCAGCUGCGCGCGCUCACUGCCGGUGGACGCCUCCUCUGCGAAGUCCUCGACCAACUGGGAGAGAAGCGUAUCGUACGACUCACCGAUCUGACUCGCUCGCCGCCCCUGGACGUGGGGGCCAUGCUCAGAGGGAUGAUGUCCGGAGCUCGACGUGUGAAGCAGAGCCCGAGCAAGCUGCCGACGGCUGCCGGGUCACCCAAGCCCCAGCCGGUCGCCGGGUCGCCCAAACCGGCGCCGGCCGCCGUCACCGUGCGCCCGCCGGAGGUGGAGCUGGGCCGCCCCGAGCACAUCUCCGUGGUCUACGUCGAGUCGGCGGCCGCCUUUUUCGGCCAGCUGCUCUCCGCCGACGUGGACGCCAUGUACGACAUGGAGGCCGCCAUGCAGGAGCGGUACGGAGGCGCAGUGACCCCGCUGAGACCGGCGCCGGUGGGAGCCUUCUGUGUGGGACGGUCCACCAUCAAUGAGACGUUCUACCGCGCCAAGGUGCUGUUGUCCGCGUCGGACAAGGUGACGAUUCAGUACAUCGACUACGGCGAUCAGGAGUCGAAGGCGCCAUCAGAGGUGCUCCCGCUGCUACCAGAGUUCACCAAGCUGCCCCAACUGGGGAUGUUCUGCUGUCUGGCCGGCGGCGAGUCGGUGCCGGAGGACACGUUCUCCCGGCUGGUGCAGGACCAGACACUGCUCGUCCUCCCCGUGUUCGGCUCGGGCGACCACUACCGCGUCACGCUGCCGCCCUGCUCCGAGAACCAGCCGCUGCUGGCGCAGCUCAAACCGUUCGGCAUCGCUGCGGCCUCCGUGCCGCCGCCCAAGUCGCCGGCAGCCACUAACGGCAGUGUGUCGUCUCCGUCGCCUCGGCCGCCGUCCAGCUCUCCAGUGGCCACCACUGGCCAGCCGUCUGAGCCCGUCAAACUGACCGAGCCGCAGCUGCCCGUCGGACUGUUCAAGGACGUGACCGUGGUGCACGCCGUCUCUCCGUCCGAGUUCUACGUGCGCCUGCGGGAGCACUCUGACUCGCUGGCUCGGCUGGAGGCUGAACUGGCCUCGUACGGGACGGCGGCUCCGGCGCCUGUGACCCCCCAGCAGACGGUGGCUGUAGAAACUGCCGCCGGCUGGCGACGCGGACGGGUCAACGGGAGGAAAAUCGAUCAGGUCUCUGUCUUCCUGCUGGACAGCGGGGAGACUGUCUCUGUACCGAUGUCGUCUGUCCGACUGCUCCGCCCAGAGCACGCCCGGCUGCCGGCCCAGGCCAUCCUCUGCUGCGCCAAGGGAGCCCGGCCGAGCGGUAAUGGAGGCUGGACUGAUGAGGAGACGACCCAAUUCCGCGGCUCGGUGGCUGGCCGCAGUUUCCUGGCGCGCGCCGAGGAAGCGCGUCCCGGCGCGCCUGCCGUGGUGACGCUGGCCCAGGCAGAACCGGUGCGAGCGACUGCUCUGCUCCACCCGGGCUCGGGACAGCAGUCGCCGCGGUCAUCCGAUACCAACAACAAUACGACCAAGCGCACCUCGCCGCCGCCCCGCGCCGAUCAGGACCCCAACUGGCGGGACAAGUCCACCGCGGUGCCUCCGCCUUCUGCCAGCUCAGGCCCCGGGUGGCGGUCGUCCGACUCACGACCCAACGGUGGUCUGCGCGCCGCCGAGCGCCGCUCCUCGGGCAGCUCCGCCCCCGCCCCCUCCCCGCGGCCGCCCAAACCCUCGACCACCUCCGCCGCCGCUCCCGCCGCCGCCCCAGCCGCCCCAGCCGCCCCAGAGGAGGACUCGGAGCCGCGCCUCGAGCGGUUUGUCGGGAAGAUGCGAAUGGACGACCCGGCAGAGUACGCGCCCGUCAGCCGCUCCUCCGCCGGUCGGGGCGACGGAGACAGCUCCAGCGGUCGUCCCUCCUCCCGAGCUAACGGUGGUGACACUCGCAAACCGGCCCCGCCGGCUCCGGCCCGAGUGGAAAUCCCGACCCACAGUGCCACCAUCACACGCCGGCCGGUGCCGCCGGGCGCUCCCCUGGCGGUGACACCCACGUGGGUGUCGGGCUUGGCACGGUUCUACGUGCAGCGGUGCCCGGCUGAGCCGGAGUUCACGAGUCUGAUGGAGGAGAUGCAGAGGUUCUACAGUGGACUGCGGGCGGAGGAUGGCCAGGAGACGCAGCCGCAGACGGGACGACCGGUGGCCGCCAGGUUUACGGACGGCGCGUGGUACCGCGCUCUGGUUCGCUCCGUCUCGCCCACCGAGCUGCGGGUACUGUUUGUGGACUACGGUAACUGCGAGGUGGUGCCCCGCCGGGAGGUCAAACGGCUCAAGGAGGAACACUGCCGGCUGCCCGCGCAGGCCUACAGCUGCCGCUUCGCUGGUGUGGAGCCGACCGGCGGACAGUGGAAGACACUCGACGAGAAACAGCUGGCCAAGUACUUCAACGGAGACAUGACGGUGACAGCGUCAUCCGACGCCUCUGGCUCUGUUACUGCCGUGGAGGUGACCCUGUCGGGUCAGAAGGUCACUGACAUGCUGGUGGCAGACGGCCUGGCCGUCAGACCCCAGCCCGGACAGACUCUCAAACAGCAGCACCUGGGUCCAUUCACCGGCCUGCCGAACCCGUUCCGUUCGGGCGACAAACUGGCCGUGUUUGUGUCGUACAUCGUCUCUCCUGACCGGCUGUACUGCCAGCUGAGUGAACGGGCCGCCGACAUCGAGCAGCUCGAGACACAGAUCGAGACGGCCGUGGCCGACGGAGGAAAGCCGCUGGGCGGUUCGGCUGCGGCCGGCGCCGGCUGCCUGGCUCCGUUCGACGGCACCUUUUACCGCGGCGUGGUGGUGGAGCGGACGGGAGACGACGCCGCCGUCCACUUUGUCGACUACGGAAACACAGAAACCGUGCCGGCCGCACAGCUGCGGGAGUGUCCCGAGCCGCUGCGGCGGCUGCCGGCCCAGGCCAUCCGGCUCUCGCUGAUCGGGGUCCCCAAGGACCGCGCCGAUGACCUCACGGCACGCGCCGACCAAAUGGAGUUUUCUGCUCGCGUGGACCUCGUCUGCGCCGACCACCUGAAUGUGACGCUCUUCGACGGAGAGACCAACGUGAACGUCGAGCUGGGAGCCUCGGACGCCCCGGCCCCGGCUCCCACCCAGGCUCCGACUCCUGCCACCCCUACCCCGACUCCGGCUUCUGUCGCUCCGAGCCCGGCGGCCGUUGCACCUUCCGCGCCUCAGAAGCACCUGGGCCCAUUCGCCGGCCUGCCGAACCUGUUCCGUUCGGGCGACAAACUGGCCGUGUUUGUGUCGUACAUCGUCACUCCUGACCGACUGUACUGCCAGCUGAGUGAACGGGCCGCCGACAUCGAGCAGCUCGAGACACAGAUCGAGACGGCCGUGGCUGACGGAGGAAAGCCGCUGGGCGGUUCGGCUGCGGCCGGCGCCGGCUGCCUGGCUCCGUUCGACGGCACCUUUUACCGCGGCGUGGUGGUGGAGCGGACGGGAGACGACGCCGCCGUCCACUUUGUCGACUACGGAAACACAGAGACCGUGCCGGCGGCACAGCUGCGGGAGUGUCCCGAGUCGCUGCGGCGGCUGCCGGCCCAGGCCAUCCGGCUCUCACUGACCGGGGUCCCCAAAGACCGCGCCGACGACCUCACGGCACGCGCCGACCAAAUGGAGUUUGUGGCUCGCGUGGACCUCGUCUGCGCCGACCACCUGAAUGUGACGCUGUUCGACGGAGAGACCAACGUGAACGUCGAGCUGGGAGCCUCGGACGCCCCGGCUCCUGCUCCUGCCGCUCCGGCUCCGACCCCGGCUGUGGCCGCCCCUGCGCCCGCCGAGCCCCAGAAGAAGGUGACAGCGCCGCAGGCGGAGCAGCCCUCGCCGGCGCCGGAGACUCGUCCGGUGGCCGUGUCCUUCACAGUCUCCCCGGGCGAGUUUUACGUGCAGGACGCGGCGGCGGCUGAUCAGCUGGACGAACUGAUGGCCCGACUGGAGACAGAGUACACCAAACUGGCGGACGGCGAGCGAGCUGUCAACGAGGUACAGCCGGGAGACCUGUUGGCGGCGCCCUUCUCCGAGGACGGCGCCUUCUACCGCGCGCGUGUGCUGGCCGCCGACUCCGCCGACGCCUCCCAACUACACCUCCAAUUCAUCGACUACGGCAACAGCGAGCGGUGCGCGCGCUCCGCCUGCCGCCUGCUCACACCGCCUCUCCUAGCUCCCGCGCCGUUCGCCCAGCGGUGCCGCCUGGCGGGCGCUGCGGCCCCCUGGACGGCGGAAGCGGCGGCGGCUCUGGACACACUGACUGGCGCGCCGGAUGGCCAGGCGAAAAUGGUGACUGUGAGCGGUGCUGGUGACUGCUGGACGGUGAAACUGAUUGGACUCGGUGGCGAGGAUGUGAGCAAGGCGCUGGUGGAGGCCGGGCAUGCGGUUGAGGAGAGUGAGAAGAGCAACGAGAAGGUGACUGAUGCCCCGACAGAGAGAGAUGAGGUGCCGCGGGCUGAACCAGCGGCGGAAGUGGCUGCUCUGACUGACCUGGUGCCGGGCCGUUCAGUGACAGUCGCUGUGUCCUUCUCACUCGGUCCCUGCGAGUUCUGGGUGCAGCUGCUGUCCAACUCUGCACGUCUGGACACCCUGGCCGAGGCGCUGGAGGCAGCCGGUGAGCUGGAGCCGAGCGGCGAGCUACCGGUGGCUGAGAGCCCCGCAGCCGGUCAGCUAGUCGCCGUCCGGUACUCGGUAGACUGCGCCAUGUACCGCGCCCGACUCCUGCCCGACUCCGACUCUGCCGAGUCGCGCCGAGUCCUGUUUGUUGACUACGGUAACACAGAGUCUGUGCCGGUUGGUGAGCUGCGCUGUCUGCCGCCGCAGCUGACUGAGGAGCCGCUCCUGGCAGCGCGCUGCUCGCUGCCCCUGCAGGUGACGGAGGGCGCAGAGACGGCAGCGGCCGAGCGCUUCGCCGAGCUAGCCGACAGCGAGCUGGAACUGCAGAUGACCCUGGUCGCCGCGGGAGACCCUGCAAUCGUGACGCUGACACAUGAGGGCCGUGACCUGGCAGGGGUGCUAGUGGAAGAGGGACUAGCCGUGUCCGUGGAGGUGUCACAGAAAACAGAAGAGACCCGUGAAGACAAGACAUUAGACACUGAUGGUGACGCGAAGGUGGACCAGAACCAAGAGAACACGGGUGAUUCGGAGGAGCCGGCGACGGAAUCCCGACUGGAUGAUCCCGGGGACCACGAGGUGUUCGUUUCGCACGUCAAUUCGCCGCUCGAGUUCUACGUCCAGUCUCCAGACACGACCGCUCUGGAUGAUCUGAUGGAACGCCUGGCGGCCGCGGCUGCUUCCCUGGCGCCCGCCGAGCCGCCGUUUGAGUCAACUGACCUGCUGGCGGCGCCUUUCUCCGAAGACGAAGCCCUGUACCGCGCCCGGGUGGUGUCAACCACCGACGACCGCGCUCGGGUUCAAUUUGUCGACUACGGUAACGGUGAGGAGGUGGAGGCGGCAGCUCUGCGCUGCCUGCCGGCCGAGCUGAGCGAGCUACCCCCACAGGCGCUCCGCUGCCGCCUGCCAGUAGAGGCAUGCGCCGCCUCUGCCGUCGGCCGGCUCCGUGAGCUGACGGAGGAGGGCGCUCGGCUGACGCGUCUGGCCGCGUCCGCCGACGCGGACGGCCCGGUGGCGCUGGUGCGUUUAACGGUCGAUGGACAAGACGUGGCCGAGACACUGGCCGCGGACGGCCUCUGCCGUCUGGCCCGGCGUCUGACAUUGCCGCCGGCACUGAUGCCACAGCUCGAUACAGACAUGGUGGCCUCCGUAACGUUUGUGGGUACAGAAGAGGUGUUUGUUAUGCUCUCUGAAGACCGGACUGCCCUCGGGGAACUGCGAAAGCUGAUCGCCGAGCUGUAUGGUGACGCCGAUCCGCCGCCUCCUCUUGCCGCCCCGACUGCUAGCGACCUGUGCGUGGUCCAGGAUACGAACGGAGGCUGGAAUCGCGCCACUGUCCUGACGGUCGGUGCGGAGAACACGGCCCGCGUGCGACUGGUCGACACCGGUUACAUCCUGGAGGGUGUGGCUCUGUCUGAUCUGCGGCAGCCGCUGCAGGUCGUGGCGCUGCCGCCGCCGCUGGUACAUUGCUGCCACCCGGCGCCGGACUGUGACAGUCAUCGGCUGGCGGAGGCGGGCUCGUUGGACGGGUUAGUCAACGUUCGAUUCACUGCCGAUGGAGAUCGUCUGAUGCUGCACCUCGUCACCAGCGGGACUCUGGUUGCACAGGAGGUGUCCUCAGCCGGACAAACGACCGAGCAGCCCGCCGCUGAGGAGGGCACGUCUCCUGCCUCGCCGGAGGUGUCCGCUGCCGAACAAAAGAGCGAAGAGACCGCCCCUGAGGACGCCACGGCGGAAUGUCAGGAAGAUGAGUCGGACGCGGCCGCGACUCCGCGCGGACGACAGUAUCGCGAUGAGAAGAUCGUACCCGGUCAGAUUUCGUUCUCACUGAUCGUCCCACCGACGCUGAAGGAAGAGGAACCCACCCGUGACUCCCAAGUGGACCAGCAGACCGCGGCCCCAGCGGAGCAGCUGACCCCUGCCCCGUCUCCGACGGAGCAGCUGACCCCGGUACCCGCCCCGGCAGAAGGAAUUGUCGCCACGGCUCCUGACGGUACCCCACUCGGUCGGUGCAUCAGUCAUGAGUUCAAGAUCGUGCCCGGUCAGAUCUCGUUCAGUCUACUGUCUGAGCCUGAGACGAGGGAAGACUCGGAGUCGACGGCGAACGAACGCUCGGCUGGUGAGAAGUGCCAGUCCGUGGACGGAGUGGAAGACGCCGGGGAGAUCGAUGUUGAGACUUCGAAGACUGAGAGUGCUGCUCCGGCCAAGGCUGGCGGAGCGGAGGCCGACACUGUCGCAGAGGCUAUGUCAGAAGACGCUGAGAUCGAGGCUGUGCCAGAGGACGCUGCGGUAGAGAUUACGCCGGCAGACGCGGCUGAGGUCGGGGAUGCGCCAGCUGACGCUACGGCAGAGACUAUGCCAGGGGAUGCUGAGGUCGAGACUACCCUGGGAGACGAAGAAGACGCUACGGCAGAGGCUAAGCCGGAAGACGCUAAAGUUGAGGCUACGCCAGCAGAUGCUGUGGUCAAGGUAAUGCCAAAAGACACUACAUCUGAAGCUGUGGUGGCAGAGGCUACGCCAGCGGACUCUGAGGUCUACGCUACACCAGCGGACGCCGAGGUAUCGCCUAUAGGUGGUGAAGUUGAGGUCGAGUCCUUCCCAGUGGAAGCUGAGCUCGAUGUUACGUCAGUAGAAGCUGAUGCUGAUAUUACACUGUCAGACCCUGAAGCCGAGGUCUCAUCAGCCGCCGUGGCUGAGGCGGGGCUGGUGACAGUCGAAGCUGGUGAGGAGUUUGUAUCAGCGGAUGAAGACGAUGAUAUGAUCCUGGUAGUGUCGGAGGAGGAAGAUACGCCUCCCGGAACGGAAGCCGAGGUCGUGGAAACUGACGGCGAGAUGAAGGUGGAACCAUGUGAGACGGGAUCUGCCGAGGUGGAGUCUGCUGUGUCAAUGGCCGAGACCACACCAGUUGAAGCCACACCAGUCGAGAGUACACCAACCGAGCCUGCACUAGCCGAGUGUACACCAACCGAGGCUACGCCAGUCGAGGCUGCACCAACCGAACCUACACCAACAGAGUCUGUGCCGGCUGAGACUACACCAGUCGAGCCCACACCAGCCGAGAGUGUGCCAGCCAAGGCUACACCAGACGAGACUCGAUCGGCCGAGCUUACACCAUCCGAGGCUGCACCAACUGAGUCUGAGUGUACGCGUGCCGAGUGUACACCAACGGCACCAGCUCAGGCUACACCAGCCGAGACUACCCCAGCCGAGACUACCCCAGUCGAGACUACACCUGCAGCCGAGCCGCCGGCGAAGGCGACACAACCGGAGACUCGGGCAGAGACUACAUCACCUGAGGCUGUGACAGAGGCUAACGAGGCUGUGGCAGAGGCUACCACAGUCGAGGCUGUGAUCGAGGCUACCCCAACAGAGGCUUCAAUGGAGGACGCCAAAGCUGAUGCUGUGAUCAGAGCUUCUGAGGCAAUGCUGAGGGAGAUGACAAAAGAAGUCGCUCCUGAGGCUGCCACAGAAGCCGCUCCUGAGGCGGCUGUGACUGGAGCUGCUCCUAAACCUGUGACCGAACUGGCUGUCCGAGUGGAAACUGUGAUUGAAGCCGCUCCUGGACCUGUGACUGGAGCUGCUUCGGAGACUGAGGCCGACGCCACCCCUGAGACGGUAACGGAGACUUCCACGGAGGCUGUGACUGGAGCCACGCUUACCACUGUGCUGGAAGGCACUUCCAAAGCUGUGACUGAGGCCGCUCCCGAGAAUGCGACGUCGGCCACAAGUGAGACCGUGGCGCCGGCCACCAAAGCCGAAGCCUCACCAGUGGUAGAACAGGCCUCAUUGGACGUCAAAGUGACAGCGAAUGAAGACGCGACUGAUCUGGUCUCCGACAAAGAAGACGUCGAGCCGCUGACGGUAGGGACGGCUGAGGAGGUCACUGAGCCUCGACCGGCGCAGAAGACUGAAGAAACCGUCACCGAGGUCGUCCAAGAAGAGCCUGUGGCGUCUGUCUCUGACACCCUGGAUGAUGUGGCCCUCGAGGUUCAGGACCGGUCACCGGACGGCCAAGAGGAGACAGCGGCGGUGGCUGAUUGCUACGGCGAACCAGUGAAGGUCACUGAAGAGAUCGGUGAUCGCUCCGGGAAAACCAUCGAGACUUCAGAGGUGCCGGCUCAACCAUCAGGCGAGACUGUCACGUCCUCGUCAGAAGAACGCACCGAACCGUCUGCCGAGCCUGUCAGUGCCUCAGGGCUUCCCACCGAACCCAUCGAGACGGCAAAACCUGCAGACGAGUCGGCUACAACCACGGAAAAGGUCUCUAAACCCUCCAAAGAGUCUCCAGUGCUCGCCGAUGACUCCAAAGAGUCCCCAGUACUCGCUGAUGACUCUCAAAAGUCUCCAGUACUUGCCGACGCUCCGGCGGAACCUUCUGCCGGAGACCCCUCCUCGGAGACCGUAAAGCCCUCGCCGGAGCUGCUGAAGGGGGCCGCCGCCGGUCGGCAGGGCGCUGGCGACUCGUCCUCCGAGGCACGCCGACCCGCGGAGGCCGGCACUGGUACCGUAUCGGACAGCGGUGACGCGGACUGUGUGUGAGGCGAGGACAGUGAGAGGGCUCCCAGUGCCGGUGAGUGACCGGGGCUUCCGCCUGCCCUGCGGAGCGAGGGAGGGACUGACGAGUUAUAGACGGGCGGGCACAUUGCGAGCUUGGUGUGUUCUCGUUGAUUGACAUGAAGGCGUUCGGUUAGUCCAGAAGUGCUUUGGUGAGGGCCGCGGAGGCUGUGUAUAUAUGGCGGCGCAUUGGUGGUCACUGCUGGAGUCUGAGUGUUUGCGGUUCAUGCUUCAGGGAAUGGAGUACAAAGGCAGGCAGUGCAUAUACAUAGAACUGUUAACCAAGAUUUGUAUUUUGUUAAAAAUAAAACAAAACGUUUUCUGCA